UGAUUCUCACUUGCGAUCUGAAUUGAAGGUUUUCCCGAAGCUUAUCUCAUGGGCUGCGGCACUUCAGUGCCCGAACCUGACGAAUAUGAAGGGCACUAUACAAAAGUCAGCAAACCAAAUCCAUGGACAUACACAAAACCAAUAACCAGAACAGAACUCAUGAGAAUGCGUGAUGAAUUCUGGGAUACAGCACCUCACUAUGGUGGGCACAAAGAGAUUUGGGAUGCGCUUCGAGCUGCUGCCGAAGCCGAAUUAAGCCUUGCCCAAUCAAUAGUUGACAGUGCAGGUAUCGUUGUUACAAGUGCCGAUAUGACUACUUGUUACGACGAAAGAGGUGCUAAAUAUGAAUUGCCCAAGUAUGUUUUAAGUGAACCAACAAAUUUGAUUGAUGAUGAUUAAACUCAAACUCAAAAGUCAGAAGGCAAUCCCACUGUAAAUCAUGUACAGUAGUACCCUCCUCCACCUUUAAAUUUAGUAAAUUUAAUUUAUACUUAUUCUGUGUACCAAAUUCAAGAUAUAUAUUUUCUUUGAGUUUU